AUGGUUGCCAAUAACUGUUGUAAUUCCAACAGCACUGAUUUGGCGGCUAAACGUCCUCCAACAACACCCAACAUCAGGGACAUUUUCAUUGGACGAUGUUACGAGGACGAACAGUGUUUGCAACAAGACCAAUGCCUAAACAGCACCUUGAAUGGAACAUGUGAAGAGCUAUGGGAAAUCUUCAAUGCUUCGUUUGCCUUCAAGGACCCUUGUCAAGCUGGCGAUAAUACAUACGACCAACUCAUAGCUACAGCGCCACCUUCUACUAUGAAAGAUCAGACUUUAUUCUGGUCUGGUUUGCCAAGUCUUGCCCUGAACAAUGGUAGAGUUACAAGAAGACACACUAUCCUUGAAGAGACACUUAUUGGUUAUGCUGUAAAUGGUUUGACUUGGUGUGGACAGCUUGAUAACCCUGGAAUCAACUACGUUGGAUGUCCACGAGGUCCAAAUUGCACCGCGGAAACCAUGUACACUUUCUGGAGAGCCGCUUCAAGAGCAUUCGCUCGGCAAGCAAGAGGGAUCGUCAAAGUGGCACUAAAUGGGAGCAGAGUGGAUGCAUUCAGGAAUACAAGCACCUUCGCCACAACUGAACUUCGAAACCUGAACCGUGGUUAUAUAUCGCAUGUCAACAUUCUUCUUGUGUACGACAUAACUAUACCGGGAGACAAUAAAAGGGCCCGUUGUAAUGAAGGGAGCAUUUACCAGUUACAGAUGCUGCUUACUUCCUAUGGUUUCAGCUAUACCUGUGUAGAAAACCCAAGUGACUUCAGAUAUUUACAAUGUGCCAGCGACCCCACAAACGACCAUUGCAAGCCAAAUCUGGCUAGUCUUACAACAAGCAGUUCAGUUGUUCUGGCUUUGAUGCUGAUGGUUCACAAAUGGAUUUGAUACAGAAGUUGUAUGUUGUUAUUAUUAAACAAAGUGCUUUGCACUCUGGGCCGGAAACCCCGUAAGAAUAAUACUUGUUCGCCGGGUAGCCUUAGAGUAAAUUACUGACAUUUUAUAGUACACUAUUUUUGUGUACUAAAUGAUGGUUUAUAUUGAUACAUGUAUAUUUGUUUUGCAUGCAACUUGGAGGCAACCAAUUGCACUGCAUGCAAAAAAUCACUUUUCGCACUUGCACUCGGUAUAUUAGUACAACAUAUGUUCAAACACUUAGUCGUUUCGGAUCAUCUGCUCCUUAAAUUGUUAAUGCAGAAUUUCAAUAAAUCAAUAGAAAGAAAAUCUCUUAUACUGGACGGGCCACCUUGUUGAAUAGUGUUAGAAAAUUAUAAUGCAAAUUAUUAUACACAGCCAAAAUACGUUCGUGCACAAUUUCGAUGAAUCUUGUUCAAUUGCUGUUGACUCAGCUCUCUUGACAUGAACAAUAUUUAAAACUCAAUUCGACUAGCCACUUAGUCGUUUCGGAUCAUCUGCUCCUUUUUGAAAUUCUGCAUUAACAAUUUAAAAAAAAUGUAUGCAAAAUUUCAAUAGUUUCAAAUUUAAUAAGUACAUAUCAUCUAUUAUAAUAGAAAAAAUGUCUUAUACUGGACGGAUCACCUGACUGUUUCGUAAUGUUGAAUAUCAAUAGAAAGUUAUUAUGCAAAUUAUUAUACACCGCCAAAAUGUGGACAUAUAUAUAUACGGUGUAUGAUCAGUAGUGGAAUAAACUACAGUAAGCCUACUCUUCGAAAA